GACACUUCAGUGAGUUAUACCAUUAUAUUGCGCAAAAAGCCAAUGAGCAUAGUAAGUAGAAGCUUAGAAUGUAACAGAUAUCAAAAGUAGCUGCAAAGCAUUCUUUAUUUUAGAAAAAACCAUGGUCCUUACUAAAACGCGAUGAAUGUUUUAAAAUUUAGUCUUGCCUUUGCUAUUAUUUGGGUGACAGCUUUAGAAUGCUCUCCACAAAACAAGUAUAAAGAUAAUCGGCUGAGUGUGCAUAAGUUUCAUAAAUCUAGCCAUCGACUAACAAAACUUUUUAGACGAGUCUUAAAUUUUCUUGAAAAAAGAAAAAGUAAAAAUAGAAAAGCUGUGGUAGCGUCAAAAAGGAACGAGUUUUAUGGAUUCCAUCAAAAUGAGAACGUUUUUAAAAAAUUUCUAGAAAACGGUUCGAAAGUUGCGGUAAUUUCUACACCAAAGUUUACUCUUAAAUUAACUAGAAAAAGGCACUUUGUUAAAAACGACACCAGAAAACUUUUUAAAAAAAGCAACAGUACAGAUAAGGGAAAUAAGCUAAUUAGUGGACAACGUCGGUCAGAAUUCAUUGUUGCAAAUGAUCUUGAUGGAGCUUUAGAAGAAACAAAAAGUGACUUUGUCGGAAAUGAAUCACUAUACGACAUUAUGAAUAAACUAAACAAGCAACGAAUAAUGGUAUCUAACCAUACUGUAGAAAAAGUAGCGAACAAUGUUGAAACUCGUGCUAAUUCCGAUGUCCCCUUAUUAAAAACGUUUCAUUCAUCAAACCCUCGAAAAGACCGUCUUGAGAAACUGUUUGUUCGUUUUCUUGAUGACAUGACUCGUAAAAUGGGAUUAGACCCCCUUAGCAUUGCUCAUCAGUUAGAAAAUCUUUAUCGGAAUAAAGCAAGACGGUCAGAAAUUCAGAGAGCUCGUUUAAAGCAUGUUAAUAAAUAGUUAAUCUUUUAACAUAAAAUUAGUUGUUGAUAACGUAGCUUUAUUGACUAAACCUGUUCUUUCAAAUCAUUGUAUAAAAGUUUUUUUUAAAGGAAAGUUCAAUUAAUAACAAGUAAAGUUUAA